AUGAAGUUCACUCUCAUCGCUGCUCUCCUGGCCCCUGUCCUGGCCGUCAACAUCCCCAGGGAACUCCAGGAACGUACGGGUCAGUGCGGUGACAACUGUGCUCGUGCCGUUGUUCCUGGUUUCCGUGGCCCUGCCGUCGUAGCCUCCUACAAGGCUGAGUGUGAAGCAUACCUCAAGGUGACCACCACUCCUGAAGCUAGCACUGUCUAUGUCACCAAGUCGGUUCCCACUUAUGCUAGUGCUUGCUCAGGAGAGACUCGCUAUCUGACUGCUUGUUCUUGUGCUGGUGCAUCUGCUGUUACUGUCGAGGCACCUACGCCUACUGUUACAAAGACUGUCUAUGUCUGA